GUUGAUUCUGUACAUAGCUGCAUCCACCUACCUAAUCGCAUGAUUGCAUAAUGGCCAUGGAGCGCUCUUUCCUCACAUGCACGCGAUCGCUCUCACAAUCCCUCCGCUACUCCAAUUUGUCCAAAGUCGCUGCAAGAAGCUUCUCGACGGCUUUGCGCCCUGCAGUAUUGCCUCAGACUCGCACAAGACAGCGCCGCUGCCUCCACUCCACGCCUUCAAAUUAUGAAGAUCGCGCCCCGAGAUCGCUGCGCGAUCCACCGUCCGACGACAACACGCAGGCCGACUUUGCUGCUCUCGACGUCCUGCGCAAUACCGUCCAACCCGCGACCUCCAUAGACGCAUGUACCAGCGAGGGCUUCGCGCUGAACAACAAUAUGCGCAUAGCCGGGUGCGGCGUCCUACUCGUCGGCGGCGAAGCCUACCGCUGGCGACCCUGGCUCAAUCCCCAGGGCCAAAAAGGGACUGUUGAGCAGGAUGCAGCACGAGACGAUGCGAUGACAGGGCGGCUGCUGAAUGCGAAGGGCCAGUGGGAGGUUCCCGACGAGGCGUGGGGGCUGCUAGAUGUAGUAUGGCCGAAGCCUGAUUUGCUGAUCAUCGGGACGGGAGCGCGCAUCACACCUAUUGCGCCGGCGAUGCGGAAAUAUCUGAACAGCCUGGGCAUACGGCUCGACAUCCAGGAUACGAGGAACGCGGCGGCGCAGUUCAACUUGCUGGCGACGGAGCGCGGGGUGCAGCAGGUUGCUGCGGCGCUGAUACCGAUUGGCUUUCGAGAGGCACGGAAGGCCUGAGGAUGACGGGAUGGGCAUGUGUGCACCGGUCAGUCUCACGCGUUGUAAACCACUGUAGCAUACUGUAUACGACAUGAUGAUAAGCAUCCUAGAAUAUCGACCGUGGUGGAAAAACCUGUGGGUUUCUCACUUCGAGCAAAUC